AUGCGUGUUCAAGUUUUAACAGAAAAUAUCUGGUCAAUUACAUUAUUUUGUUCAUUUGUAACAGGAUUUAUUAUUAUUGCUUCUUGUGUAACAAAACGUCGUCGUCGUUAUUUUCGUCAUCAUCGUCUUGUUGAUGACGUACAUCAUUUAUGGCCAUUUGAUGAAUAUCUUAUACAACCAACUUUAUGUAAUGUUUGUUCAUCAACUUUAUUAACUGGUUUUCAGUGUUCAUCAUGUGGAAUUUAUUUACAUGAACGUUGUAUACGUCCUGCUCGACGUCUUUUUCAUUGUAAACAUAUGACAAGCGAACAAGAACAAAUACAACAUCAAUGGACUCGUGGUAAUUUACCAUUAGAUUCGGAAUGUAUUAUUUGUCGACGAUCAUGUGGAGCUGAACCAAGAUUAUGUGAUUAUCGAUGUAUAUGGUGUCAACGUAUUGUACAUGAUUCAUGCAUGAGAGCAUUACCUAUUGAAUGUGAUUUUGGUGAAUAUCGACGUUUAAUUAUACCUCCUAAUGCUGUUGUUUCACGUACGGGAAAUAAAAAACUUGUUGGAUAUGCUCAUUCAGUAGUCGAACGUAUUUUACCAUGUGGUAUUGAUGAUUGGUGUCCAUUACUUGUUAUUGGUAAUCGAAAAUCAGGUGGAGCUAAUACAGAUCUUGUUCUAAAUUCAUUUCGAACUUAUUUAAAUUCUGUACAAGUUAUUGAUAUUUCAACAAUUUCACCAUCUUCAAUUCUUGAAUGGUGUAAUUCACUUCCAGAUAUUGGAUUUUAUAUUCUUGUAUGUGGUGGUGAUGGAACAGUUAAUUGGAUUUUAGAAAGUAUUGAAAAUACAACAUCAGGUAUAAAACCUGCUGUUGGUAUUCUUCCAAUGGGUACAGGUAAUGAUUUAGCUCGUAUUUUACAAUGGGGUUAUGGAGAAGAUUCUGCUGUUGAUGUUAGUACUUAUUUAAAAAAAUUAAUGACUGCUAAAGUUGUGGCUCUUGAUCGAUGGUCAGUAGAUAUUUGUGCUAAUGCUCGACAUUUUGGUGUAGCAACAGCUAGUGCACGUCAUAUGCGUAUGUCAAAUUAUUUUUCAGUUGGUUGUGAUGCAUUGGUUACACUCAAUUUCCAUCGUCGUCGCGAUAAAAUACCAGAAUUUUUUGCUAGUCGUUUUGUUAAUAAACUACAUUAUUUUCAUUAUGGAACAGUCGACACUUUUUUGAAGGAAUGCAAAGAUCUGCAAAAUAAUGUUAUUCUUGAAAUGGAUGGACGGAUUGUUGAAAAUCUUCCCGCAUUAGAAGGUAUUUGUAUAUUAAACAUUCCAUCAUGGGGUGCAGGUGUUCGUGUUUGGGGAGCAGGUGAAAAUAUUCCUGUUCAACAAAUUGAUGAUGGUUUUGUUGAAGUUUUUGGAAUUUAUAGUUCAUUUCAUAUAGCACAAAUGCAAGUUGGUCUUGCUGAUCCAUUCCGCAUAGGACAAGCUCGUCGAGUUAAAUUAACACUUAAACGUCGUUUUCCUUGUCAAUGUGAUGGAGAACCAUUUGAAGAAGGUCCAUGCGUUGUAGAUAUUGAACAUUUUUCCCAAGCGAGAAUGUUAAUGAAUAUUGAUAUCAAAUGA